ACCUGACAUGUCAGGCGCAAGUGGUUUAAUGCUUUAUUUCUUAAAGGGAUAGUUCACCCAAAAAUUAACUUUUUUUUUUCUCUUCAUAAUUUACCGUCACACGUGUUCCAAAAACAUGACGUUAGUUUUCUCUUUUAUAUUACACAAAAGAAGAUGUGACAGAUAUUAGACAGAAUGACAGUUCCAGUCACCUUUAUUUUUAUGGAAAAUAACACACAAAGGUUGUCCCGUCCUCGCGUCAGUAAACACGUCAUCAGAGAGGAGAAGAGAUGAUGUCACUGCAAGAGGGAGGGGAAGUUAUUUUGAACAAAGAUUACGAGGUCACAUGCAGGAAUGCAAACAAAUAAGGGGGAAAAAGCUCCAAGUCUGCUGUGUUCCCAUUCACCUCUACCAGUGUGCACCUGCAAGGACAUUUCACUGAAUUGCCAGCUAAGUUACCAGUUGAUGGUUACAUGCAACUAUAUUCACCGUUUGCUGAAUCCAGUUCCAGUGUUUCAUACAAACCUGUUGAAUAAACUGUUACUCUACUUGCCUGUCUGCACUCUUGUUCUUGUGUUAUUUCAUGGUGACUUUGAGAAUUAUAAAAUGUAUUUAGUAUUAGUGUAUUGAACAGCAAAACUGCAUUUAUAUAUAAAUGCAUAAUUAUAUAAUUCAUGAUGCAUAUUAACCAUUUGCAUUAGGCUACAUAAUCCUUUCUAAAUGGUAUUUUAAAGUGUGUUUCUCUUGUAGGGUCUUUCGACAGAUCUGCAAAAAGGCACUGAUAGGCUUUUACAGCAACAUGAUUUGUCUAAACUACAGGAAUAUUCAAAAUAUGGCUAUGUGUGUAUGUUGCUCACAGUCUGAAUGCAUUCAAAGAGUAAAUUUGCCUAAUGCUAAAAUAUUUAGAGGGAGCAUUGUCAGGACUAGGUGAUAUCUAGAUGUUCUGAUUUGAUUUAAAGUUGGAACUUGGGCUGAGAAGUUUGAGAACCACUGCUCUAAACUAACAUGAGUUCAACUAUGAGUAAGACCAUAAGUAAACACUGCAAGACUGAGUUGACUCAACCCAAGCUGCCUUAUGGCUGUCGUAUUGCCUUAUGGCUGUUAUGAUUACCAUUAAGGAGUGGCUGAAUGUGGUGGCAUGUCUCAAAGCUUUCUUUGCGUAUUUACAUAAGAAUGUAGCUCAUCUGGUACAGGAGACAGUAAACCGGUAAGGCCAGGAGGAGAAAAAGUGAAAGAUGCUAAAGGACGUGUUUACGUGAUUUUUGAGGGGUUAAUAUGUCAGUCAGCUUCUCAAGACCUCAGUGGAAAUAUCACUUUUGAGAUUAUCAGCACUUUAUUUUAAUCUUGAAGCAACUUUCUCCAAGAAACAUGGCUGUUUGGGUGGUUUUACCCAUUGUUCUGUGUGCAGUCUCGUUCAUCGGGUGCUGGACUGUAUAUGGACUUGCAUUAAGUUUCAACCAUGUCUGCUCACUUAAUAACUGGGAAUACAGAAACUCGUGUCACACAAAUGAAACGGGGAAUUGCUGCACCCUGGAUAAUGUCCCUACCGUAAGCACAAGUGGAGCAAACUUUCCAGAAAAUUCCCUAUUCACAGCAACAAUCAAUGCUGGUUCAUUUUUGUUUCUCAUUUUCUGCAUUUUCCAUCAUGCACACAUCCUGGACAGGAACAGUGUUCAUUCUCUUCUCAGUAAGGUUGCUAUGAUCAUAGGCUGUGUGGUGUCUGCGGGUGCUUUCAUGGCUGGAAACUGCAAUCCAGUAGAGCUGCUGUUGCUCCAUUACCUGGGUGCUGCCCUGAGCUUUGUGUCUGUGUGUCUGUACAUGACCAUCCUGACCUCCCUCACUAGUAAAUGUAUGCUGACGGGGUUUGAACGGGUUCUCUACCCACUGCGCACCAUCUCCUCAUUUUUCCAGAUUUCUGCCACCAUCCUCUACGGCAUCCUCUUCAUCCAGGAGGAUUACUUCUAUAAGCACAUCUCUGCUGUGUUUGAAUGGUUUCUGUGUGUCAAUCUGGAGCUCUAUGAACUCAGCUACUCUGUGGAGUUCUACUUUUUCUCCUCAUCGAUGCUUUCAGUACUUCUAGCAAAGAAAGACGAGGAGAAACCUCUCAUUAUGGCUUAAUGUCAAAAAUCCUUCAGAACUCGGUUGUUUUCUUCGGUUUUCCGUUAUGGAUUCAUAAUAGAUGACAUGUUAUAACCUCAUUCAAACAGUAGGUCUACUCAGGAGACAUUUGAAGAAUUUUUUUGAAGUUGCUAGAAUUUAUGAGGUUGCAAGCACUGGAUUUACUUUGGAGCAGGAUACUCUGAUUUUUCUCAGAGUGGAGCAACAGGCACUUUGAACGUCUUUUCCAAAGCACUUUUACUUUCAAAAUACUAUAGCAUUUAACUGAGGAAAAACACCUUACAAAUGCAAUAUUUGAUCUCAUAUCUAGAUUUCCUGUGAGCAAGAGUAACUUGGUUUGUGCAUGCAGUUUAAAUGAUUGUUCAGUGUUUACAUCACACUUUUAAUCUAAUCACUCAGUUCCUAAAAAUGUGGAAUCAGCUGCUGGCAGGAAAUGUGUAUUUGUCAGAAAUGAAAAUGUCAUGAGGUCCAUAUAGAAAAAGAUAAGAAUAACCUUUCAUAGUCUCAGGUUUAUCUCAAAUUAAAUUAUUUCCAUUAUCUAUUA